CUGAGAGACACACACUGCUCACAGCUUGUCCUGCUUAUACAUCUACCUACCUACAGCACUGCAACUUUCUGUACUGGAGCAACACACACAUCGUCUCAUCUGCGGAGGACAGGAGGACAGGAUAGUGAAAACACCAGAGAGGAGCACACUAAAUAUUGUAAUGGCCAACACCGUAACGUCGCUGUGCUGUGUGGUGCUAGCUGCCGUGGCGGUGGCGUACGCUCAGAGACGCAGCCAAACAGGGGCCAGUAUUCAGUAUGAGCGUAUGGGUGGGGACGUGACUAUGCAGUGUGGCUCUCUGGACAGCGAGGCCAGCGUGACGUGGAAGGUAAACGGGACGGACGUGAAGGCACGCCACCGGGAGGAGGGGUCUAGACUCAUACUGAUGGAGGUGGACCUCUCAAACAACGGACUCUACACCUGCUUCCAGAACCCCAACGGAGAACGACGGGACCAAAUCAACCUACGUAUCGGAACUUCCCCUAGGGAACCCACGGUGAUGUGUCGCUCCAACACCUACCCUAAAGGCUUCUACUGUAGCUGGCACCUUCAGCACCCCACCUCCAUACCCACAGACUUCGAUGUCAACGUCCAACACAACCAGAAGUCCCUAGAAGCAACGAGGGAUGCGGUCCAUAAGAACCGCUGUCACGUUAAGUUCCUUGAGGUGUUCAGUAGCUACCCCUACAGAGUCAACGUCACUGCCCUCAACGCCCUCGGAAGUGCCUCCACUGCCAUCACCUUCGAAGAGUUCAACAUAGUGAAGCCAGACCCCCCUGAAAAAGUGGUGGCCACGCCCAUCCCUAACAAUGUUCGUCGUCUGGAGGUCACCUGGAAUAGCCCUUCUACCUGGCCAGAUGUAGAGAGCUUCCCCCUGAAGUACUUCCUACGAUACAGGCCCCUCAUCAGGGACCAGUGGCAACACGUGGAGUUGUCAGACAGUACGGCCCACACCAUAACUGAUGCGUACGCAGGGAAGGAGUACAUCAUCCAGGUGGCGGCUAAGGACAUGGAGAUCGGCACCUGGAGUGACUGGAGCGUUGCGGUGCACGCCACCCCCUGGAUUGAUGAACCCAAACAGAUCCCCUCCACCACCGAGCAGGAACCGCUCCUCGACACCACCCCUUCCGCAGCACCUCCCUCAGCAGAGCCCCAUAGGGCGGGCGUCCCAGUGGGUGGUGCUUCCUCAACACUCCUCUCACCCCUCCUCUGGUACUCCUGUUAUCUGCUGCUAGGGGCCCUAAUUUGAUGUAAAUGUUUAAUUCCUGUGGAAGAAAUUAAGGAGAGUCUUCUAUUUCUCUGCACAUGUUAAUGGACAUCCUACAUUGAUCAUUUAAUUCAAGUUUCACACAACGUUAAGUAGAAAAUAAAGAGAGAUUAUGAAGUCAAAGUUAAAAAGAUACAACAAAAAAACAAGCAUCAACAACUACUCCAACAACAACAACAAUAAUAAGAGGAACAACAACAACAACAACAACAACAACAACAACAACAGGUACUAACAGACAGCAAUGCUACAGAGCUACACAGAUACAGAUAUCAUUGAUUGAUUGAUUGAUUACCACGGACUCCAACACAGAAACAGAACUGUCUCCAGGGAAGCUUUGUGGAUCUGAGACUGAUGAGACUUCUGCUGGGCAGCACAACAGACUGAUUUCAUUCUCCAUCUUUUAUUUUGGUUUUAAUUGAUUUUUGUAAACAAUUGUAUUCAUUAUCCAGUGAUAUUUGAGACACUUGUAAAGAUCCCAAGAUCCUUUCUUUGACAUACAGCUAACUCGUCAUGCCAAAGACUUGUCUUGGAGAAGUUUUCCCACAAUCCUUAGCUUCCUGAAGCCUGUGCCUGUGUAGAAAGGAUGGAACCCGGAGUAUUUGGUAACUCCAGGAAUCUGCAUCUGACUGACCGACAAGAAAUUUUCACAACAAAACAGAGAACUAACUAACACUUUGGAGAAAUCCUGAAUAAGCAUUAUCUGUUAUUGGUUUGUUCUGCUUCACUCAGUGAUCACCAAGAGAGUUUAGCUGGAAAAACACUAUGGAUUGGGGUUUUUCCAUUGAGGAAAUACAGUAGAGAUCCAUAUUUUGGGACCUCAGAGCUCUUACACAAGGCUCCAUACAUUAGGCGUCAGUCCUCCAGAGGAAUAACGCUCUGUGUAAAACACAUGAGGUUGCCUUUGACAUUAAAUAGACAUUUAAUAUCACAAUUAUUAUUGUUGUGCUCUGUCAUACAGAACCAGUCAACAGUUUGGACAUCUACUCAUUCAAGGGUUUUUCUUUAUUUUACUAUUUUCUACAUUGUACAAUAAAAGUGACCACAUCA